UACAGGAGAUCUACCUAUUUAAUCAAGAAUUCUCUCAAUAACGGUCAAAAUGCUCUCGCACAAACCAACGCUGCUUCUCUCAGGCUUCAUCACCAAGCCCAGUCUCCGCCCGAGGCCGGACCUGAGCUCCGCGGUUCCGCCACCUCGGAAGUCUACAUACGUCCGUGUUUGCUCUCGGUUCGAUGAGGUCCGGCGAUUUGACCAUCGGCCGAAUGCCGACCGAGAGUUUCCCGCGGAAACUGUGUUGCAUGCUGCCGGAAAACAUGAUCAGCUUGAAUCCGUGAUUGAAUCAGUUUCCGAAGACAAGAAGGAAUUCGAGGCCAACUACAUUCCCCUGAGUCCCCUCAGCUUCAUAGAGCGAGCCGCCGUCGUCUACGGAGACCUCCCCUCUGUAAUCGACGGUCCUCGUUCGUACACGUGGAAGGAGACACAUCAGCGAUGCCUCCGCCUUGCCUCCGCCCUCACCCAUGUGGGAAUUUCUCGCCGCGAUGUCGUUGCUGUACUCGCCCCCAACGUUCCUGCAACAUACGAACUCCACUUCGGUGUUCCAAUGGCCGGUGCAGUCCUCUGCCUUCUCAACGACUCUGCUACGAUAUCCUACCUACUGAGGCACUCAGGGGCCAAAGUCCUCUUCGUCGAUCACCAGCUACUCGAAAAGGCCCAGGGCACUCUCAAACUUCUUUCGGUGUCUAACGCACCUCCUCCUAUUCUGGUUACAAUCUCAGAACCAGGAUCACCGACUACCUCAGCAGGCAUGGACUAUGAAAAUCUCAUAGCCACCGCCGACCCACAUUUUGAAAUUAGGUGGCCUGUCGAUGAACAUGAGCCUAUAUCGAUAAAUUACACGUCGGGUACAACAUCCAAACCUAAAGGCGUUGUCUACACUCAUCGAGGAGCGUAUUUGAAUGCUAUUUCAACGUUUGUCAUGCACGAAAUAACUUCGAUGCCAGUGUACCUGUGGACUGUACCGAUGUUUCACUGCAACGGUUGGUGCCUCACCUGGGGCAUCGCAGCCCAGGGUGGGACCAACAUCUGCAUCCGAAAUGUUACAGCGAAGGGAAUCUUCGAUAGGAUUGCUCUCCACAAGGUAACACAUAUGGGCGGAGCACCGACAGUUUUAAACUCCAUUGUGAACUCGCCAGCUGGCGACCAAAAGCCGCUCCCCCAUCGAGUAGUGGUGAUGACCGGAGGCUCUUCGCCCCCGCCUCAUGUUCUUUUCAAGAUGGAAGAGCUCGGGUUUACCAUCAUCCACAUGUAUGGACUCACUGAGAUUGGUGGUCCAGCCACAGCUUGUACAUGGAAGCCAGAGUGGGAAUCUUUACCCGCGGAGGACAAGGCGAAGAUUAAGUCCAGGCAAGGGCUUCAUCAUAUCGGGAUCGAAUUGGAUGUGAAAGAUCCCAUUACGAUGAAGAGCGUUCCGUAUGAUGGUAAGACGAUGGGCGAGGUGAUGUUUAGAGGAAACACUGUGAUGGCCAGGUACUAUAAAGAUCCAGAGGCUACUGACAAAGCUCUUGCGGGUGGCUGGUUUCGGUCUGGAGACUUGGCAGUCAGACAUUCUGAUGGAUAUGUACAAGUUAAGGAUCGGUCGAAGGACAUUAUAAUUUCAGGCGGGGAGAAUAUAAGCACGGUUGAGGUGGAGGCCGUGCUUUUUGAGCAUCCGGCUGUUUUUGAGGCCGCGAGGCCUGACGAGCACUGGGGGGAGACACCGUGUGCUUUUGUGAAGCUGAAAGAGGGGUGUAAGGUGAGUAGCGAGGAGAUUGUGCAGUACUGUCGCGACUCGUUGCCGCAUUAUAUGGCGCCGAAGACUGUCGUGUUUGAGGAGAUACCGAAGACUUCGACGGGAAAAGUGCAGAAGUAUGUUUUGAGGGAGAAAGCGAAGGCUAUGGGGAGUAUUUCUAAGAUUAAUGGUGCUCUUAAGAUUUGAUUGUUUAUGACCAUGCUUUUAUUCCCUUUAACUUAGAGAGCAUCUUAGUUAUCUUUCUCUGAAGAUGAUGGUUAGAUUUGUUGCAAGUUAAUUAUCAAACUGAGAUGUAUUUUUUUCUUGUAGAAGGGGAAAGAUACAGAUUAUGGUACUAAAGAACUGUUCUACUA